GGGCCCCUUGGCCAUCACACCUGUUCGUCUACUUGUUUCCUAACCUUCCGGCGCUUUCCUUCAACGGCUUUUUCCUCACGCAAGCGAAAGCAAGCCGGCAUGAUAGUGUACUGGGAGGGAUUUCGCCAGCUGUGGCAUCUGCAAAGCCCAGGUUUGGUGGCCUCUGUCGAGUGGGGGCAGCUGGGCUAGCUUUAUCCGAGACCCAGAGGGCUUAGGGGGAGGGGAGUGCUCGCAGACCGUGUUGGCGGCUUUUCUCCACCAUUCUGUGACGGGUCCAGGGGGCCGGACGUGCAGGGACUUAAGGAAGCCACCCAGCCGAUGUUGGGGGGCUGGUUAGCGUUUGGGGAGGCGAUUGAGCAGUAGGUGCUGAAAGGACAGCUCCUACCUGCCCCGCCGUACCCGAAAGGCUCCCCUGUGUGGAGGAGAGUCUCCACUUCAAGCCCAUGCCCCCACCUCCAGGGGACUGCUUUCCAGGUGAGGCGCACGGAGGGGUUCCCCAAGGUGGCAGCUCGGAAGGAUGCACGUCCGACUGCGCCAAGCCAGCCUCCUCGCGCUCACCCCACCGGAGCCCGUGGCCCCCGGGGCUGCCGCCGGCGCCCGAAGCGGCGCGCCUCCCGCCGCCGAUGGAGCUGGGCGGCGCGGGCAGGCCUCGCAAACCCCUCUUGGGGGCCCCAGCGGGAGCAGGAAGGGAAGCGGCCGAGCUGUGCCCGCUGUCGCGCGGCCGGGAGAAGUGGGUAGCAGGGUUGCAUAAGGUGGAAGGAACUUGGUAGUUUGCAAAAGCCAGCUCGGGCGGGAGCGGAACCCCGAGCCCGCCGCCUCGCCCGCCCCUCAUCCACUGCCUCCGACGCGCGCCUUCCCUCACCGCGCCCCCUCCCCCAAGGCGCGCCGCCGUCUCGCUCCCCCUCCCCCUACACCCCCUCCUCACUCCAGAGGAGGUGAGUUUAAACCCCGCCCACGUGACCCCGACUGGGCCAAUGAGCGGCGGCGGGAGGUGAAAUCCGGUUCUAACCGGUCCGGGGCUCCCAGCGCUAUAAAAACUUUAUAAACCCCCCGGAGCCCGAGCAGUGUGAAGAAGCGGCGAGAACGACCCCCGGACGGACCAAACCCGCGCACCGCUGCAUCCCCGCGUCCAGCGCCGACGUCCCCCGCCGCCGCCGCCGCCAUGCCCAAAAGAAAGGCUGAAGGGGAUACUAAAGGAGAUAAAGCCAAGGUGAAGGACGAGCCACAGAGAAGAUCUGCAAGGUUGUCUGCUAAACCUGCUCCUCCAAAGCCAGAGCCCAAGCCUAAAAAGGCCCCUGCAAAGAAGGGAGAGAAGGUCCCCAAGGGGAAGAAGGGGAAGGCCGAUGCCGGGAAGGAUGCGAAUAAUCCUGCAGAAAACGGAGACGCCAAAACAGACCAGGCACAAAAAGCUGAAGGUGCUGGAGAUGCCAAGUGAAAUGUGUGCAUUUUUGAUAACUGUGUACUUCUGGUGACUGUACAGUUUGAAAUACUAUUUUUUAUCAAGUUUUAUAAAAAUGCAGAAUUUUGUUUUACUUUUUUUUUUUUUUUAAGCUAUGUUGUUAGCACACAGAACACUUCAUUGUUUUGAGGGGGGAAGGAACAUGUGUCACUAACAAAAUGUCUCCCAAGCUGGAUUGGUGAUGGUUGAUGUUGGAAAACAUCUUUCCCUGCUAAUUUUGAAAGACUCCUCUUGGCUCUCAGGAGAGACGUCCUGGUGUUGACAUAUGGGCCACCAUGGCACAAAAUGCCUUGUGUGGGAAACUCUAAAUUCAUUUCUGUGUCCUCCUCCCCUGGACCAUCAACAUAGACUUAACUCCCUUCAAACCAGAGACCUGUUGGAACCUGACCCCCAAAAUUGGUUUUGCCAGUCUAUCAGGCAAUCUGGACUUUGCAGUGGUAUCAUUGUGUCCUCAAAAGAGCAGCGGUUCCUUUUAUAAAAGAUUGUGGAUCUUCAGAUUGAUAAUUCUGCUGUGUUCGUUUGGUUUCCUGAAAGUCAGGGUCGGCUUGUGAAAAGUUGUUAAACAACAUCCUCAAUGUGAACUGUCAGCCCUCACUCUAAGCUCUCCCCCUUUUCAAAGCAUCGAAUGAAGACUCAUCGGGUUUUAUAGUGGCUUUCUGAUUUUGGUAGUCUAUACAAGAAGGGAGUUUGGAAGUUCUUGUAUACUGUUAAUGACUGUCUGCCCAUGUCCUGCCUGAAAAACCAUGAUUGUUUAUGGAAAGUAUCUUUAAUAAAGCUGGAUACAGUU